GAUAAGGUUCAUUAGCAGAGGUGUUCAAGAGUAAGCAUAACUGAAUAAAUCAUAGGAGUUCAGUCAGAGGUCAUGUGACCAGACAGCUGACAGAGAUAAGUCCAUACAUAGGAUAUGUUGGCACAUUGUUGUCUCUAUGUGGAUAGACCCUAACUUUUGGAAUCUAAGACCUGAGAUACAUAAAGGACACCAGUUAUGGCAAAGCCAACAAAGAUUACAGCUAUGGAUGUAAAGGACAUCCGGUUCCCGACAUCGUUAGAGAAGGAUGGUUCCGAUGCAAUGCAUUCUGCCCCAGAUUAUUCCUGCCCCUAUGCUAUCCUAGAAACAGAUUCCACUUUACAAGGACAUGGCUCGACAUUUACAGUAGGAAAAGGCAGUGAGAUUGUGUGCUAUGCUAUCAACACUAUGAAGAAAAUGGUUGUUGGCAGGAACCUGAAAGACAUCUUUAAUAACUUUGGAGCUUAUUGGCGAGAAAUCACAAAUGAUGACCAGACAAGAUGGAUAGGUCCAGAAAAGGGAGUGACUCACCUAGCAACAGCAGCCAUCAUCAAUGCAUUAUGGGAUCUUUGGGCCAAAAUUGAAGGAAAGCCCCUGUGGAAAUUGCUAGUUGAUAUGGAUGCAGAACAACUUGUUAACACGAUAGAUUUCACUUACAUGUCUGAUGCAUUAACAAAAGCUGAGGCGCUAGAAAUACUCAAGAAGAUGGAUGCCAGCAAAGCUCAGAGAGAAAGUGAGAUUUUGAAAACUGGAUAUCCUUCAUACACUACAUCAUGUGGGUGGCUUGGCUAUAGUGAUGAAAAAAUAACUAAGCUAGCUACAGAAGCUAUGGCUCAAGGUACAUCUAGGUUUAAAAUGAAGGUUGGCAAAGACUUACAAGAUGAUAUUAGGAGAGCUAAAAUAUUCAGGGAAGUGAUUGGCUUCAACAGAGUUUGGUGUGUAGAUGCCAAUCAGAAGUGGGAUGUUCAGGAAUCUAUAGACUGGAUGACGGCUCUAGCUCCAUACAAACCCCUGUGGAUAGAAGAACCAACCAGUCCAGACGAUGUAUUAGGCCAUGCUGCUAUUGCUAAAGCAUUGAAUCCAUUGGGUAUUGGUGUAGCUACCGGUGAAAUGUGCCAGAAUCGUGUCAUGUUCAAGCAGUUUUUACAAGCGAAUGCUCUCCAGUUCUGUCAGAUAGAUGCAUGUAGACUGGGCGGAGUCAAUGAAGUGCUUGCUGUUAUACUCAUGGCUGCUAAAUUCAAUGUUCCUGUAUGUCCUCAUGCUGGUGGAGUUGGUCUGUGUGAAUUAGUUCAACAUUAUUCCAUCUUUGAUUAUAUCAGAGUUUCUGGAUCUCUAGAGAACAGGAUGACAGAGUUUGCAGAUCAUCUACAUGAACAUAUGCUAGCACCUGUCUCAGUCAGAAAUGGCAACUAUGUUCCUCCAAAGGCACCAGGAUUUCUGGUAGGGAUCCAGCCAGAAUCUCUGAAGGAUUAUGAGUACCCUCAAGGAGCUGCCUGGCAGAAACUGUUUGAUCAGGGACUCUUUGAGAGGGAAUAAUCUACCUGCUAUCAAGAGGAUCAUUGGUUUUUACUUCACCAAGAAAACAGAAAAUAUAAAUAAUAUUUAUGCAGUACUUUUACAUGUUCCAAAAAAACAACUUCUGAAGAGACCACUUCCUAUAUCCAAGAAAAAAAAAGACAACAAAAAGAUUCUCAUUGCUGAUACUAAAUCAAGUUCUUAUGUUUCAUGAUUAUUAUGGAAAUACCAUGGAAACCACAUUGUGAAAUACAGCCAAGCUGUGGUGUAUUGCAUUUAAAUAGAAAAUAAAAUUUGAAAACUUA